UUCUUGGUCAGGGUCAUAGUUGGUCAUAGUUUGUUCUCUGAGACUGGUUUGGAGAUGCCCAACCCCUCCCACAUGUGUCAUUAUAAACCCACUGAGCUGUAGACCUGCAAGUCAUUCUGAGAUUUUCUUUUUUCUUUGUUGGUGUUACUGGAGAAGUAUUCAAAAAAAUAGCAGUCGUGUUGUUAUUAACCACUGCGGUAAGAUGAAGAUGGCAACACUGGUCCUGUUGCUUCUCCUGCCGUUGGUCUCAGCCACAGGCCGGAAGGUAUUUUUGUUUCCCGAGGAGUCCGACUCUGCCUACGUGCGCAUCACUCCGAAGAAACCUCUGAAUCUGCAGGCCUUUACUCUCUGCAUGCGCAUCGCCACCGAGCUGAAGGGCAGGCGAGAAAUCAUACUGUUUGCUUAUCGCACCCAAGAUCAUGAUGAGCUCAAUGUAUGGCGGGAGGAAGAUGGACGACUCUCUCUUUACCUGAGGAGCAGUAGUGAUGCUGUAAUGUUUGAUCUACUGCCACUGUACGAGUUCCCCACUCACCUGUGCGUCACCUGGCAAUCGAUCACCGGAGCCACCUCAUUUUGGGUGAAUGGACACCGCAGCAUGGUGAAGAUCUACAGACGUGGACAUCGUGUUGAUCCAAAUGGAGCUGUCAUUCUUGGGCAGGAUCCUGACUCGUUUCUGGACAGCUUUGACAAGGGUCAGAGCUUCAAGGGUGAAAUCUCAGACGUACACAUGUGGGAUAGUGUUCUUAGCGCUAGUCAGAUUUGGGAGCUGUAUGAAAAUCCGUGUGGGGCUCAGGGGGGAAAUGUGAUCGACUGGAAUUCUGACCAGUACCAAACCUUUAACAACGUAGUUGUGCUGACUAACAUAGACGGCUAACAAAAGCCUAAACCUGGAAAGAGUUUUAACAGUUCAGUUUCUUAAUUGUUGUCAAUGUCUCACCUUUGUUUUCCAUGUCUAAUUAAGUAUGUGAUGACAUACAGUGUGUGACAAAUUUAAAUUGAUAAUCAAAGUUGCUUUUAGUUUUCAUUGUUCUUUUCUGUAUGUCUAUUGAUGCAUUAUAAAAAAUGUUUUGUUGGAGGAGUUGUUUGAAUAAAUCUGGCAAUAUGUC